AUGACCAAGAAGAAGCGUCAUCAUCCCGAUGUCGAAGAAAUUCUUGCGCGUCCCUGGUGUUACUACUGCGAACGGGAUUUUGAUGAUCUCAAAAUCCUCAUCAAUCAUCAGAAAGCAAAGCAUUUCAAGUGCGAAAGAUGUGGUCGUCGGUUGAAUACUGCAGGAGGUCUGAGUGUCCACAUGAGUCAGGUCCACAAAGAGAAUCUUACUGCUGUUGACAAUGCCCUUCCUAAUCGUGCAGGGCUUGACAUUGAAAUCUUCGGCAUGGAAGGCAUCCCUGAGGACAUUGUUCAACAACACUCCCAACGAGUUCUCACAACGUACCACCAAGCCCAAGCUGAACGUUCCGCCGCCACCGGUAACAAUCAAGCCAGCAGUGUUACUGCUAAUGUCAAUAAAAAACCAAAACUCGAGCAAUUGUCAGACCUGAAGAAGCGACUUGCUGAACACAAGGCUGCGAAACUUGCUGCUGAGCAGGGAAGCGCAGGGAACAGUGGCAAUUCCACCCCUGUGCCACCAACACUGGGCCAGACACAAUCUCAGAGCAAUACGGUACGUCAUCCCCAAAGUCUUCAGUAUCGCUUAGACUCAUCUCUUACCCAGGCUGCCUCUCCCUCAUACCCUGGAUAUCAGCAACCAUAUACGGCAACUCCAUCAAGUGGUACCUAUAGUCAGCCUCCCUCUUUUGCCCAGACACAAACUGCUGGUCCGCCUUACCAAGCACCCUCCCCGUUCCCGCAUGCUGCAACUCCACCAAUGCAGGGAGCCUAUGGGCAAGGUGCUGUUCCUCCCCCUGGGCAUCCAGGCUUCACUCCAGGAACACCCGUUGGCUAUCCACAGCCGUACGCUCAACCGCCUCAGGCAUCGUUCCAACAGCAGCAUCCCGCAGCAUAUCCUCCUCAACCAAGCUUUUCUCCUCCCCCAUACCAAAAUCAACCCCCUUACCCUGUGACGGGGCAAACGUUCGUCCCUACAGGCGGCCUACCACAGCCACCCUAUGUGCCUGCAACUUCCCCUCCUGGUUUUCCACAUCAACCACAACCACAAAACCAUUUACCGCCACGUACUCACUCUCCCGCCACCAAUGGGAAUUUCCCAGCACCUGUUCGUACAGGCAGUGUAAGUCUACCGAAUGCCCCAGGGCUGCCGCAAAGACCAGCUUUCGGGGCACCUGCAGUAAAUGCUUUCCAAUUUCAGCAAAUGCAUCAAGGUCAGAUCCCUGCUCCUUCAAAUCAUAAUUCUGUGCCACAGCAUCGCCCACAAGACGCUCAUUCAAGCACUGCACAAAAUCCCCCAGACGUCCAAUCCGGACGUCAGUCAAUUGAUGAAGCUAAUGCAUCUUCAAUCGAUGAUUUGAUUUCGUCUGCCUCCAAGCAGGCUGAUGUGGAUGCAGCCACCAGCACCGCACCAUCAGCUCAAUCUGUUGUCCCAUUGCCCAGCAAAGACGAUGUUAUCGAAGAGAAGGGUGCAAAGAAGGACAAGGAGAAACCAAAAUCAACCAGGUUGGUCUAUUCUGACAAUGAAAUAAGCCCCGAAGAAAAAAUGGCAUUGUUGCCCAGGUACGCAUUCACGCCUGGGCAGGAGACGGUGGUGGUGUAA